CACUCCCACAGACGACCUCGUCGCUUCCAAAAAACAACAUCAACAUGCGUUUCUCCAUCCUCAAGGCCGCGGUUGCCGCUCUGGCUGUCUGCAAUGACGUCGUGCUUGGCCAGCUUACGCCAGCUCAAGUUGUCACGAACAUCGAGCUCAUCACGAGCAAGUCCCAGGCUCUCAUCGAUCCUGCGAAGGAAAUCACCCUCAUCAGCGGAACCUUGCUCAUCAUUGGCCAGGGACCCUUCCCGAAAAUCAUUGCUGGCUUUACCGACAUCGUCACCACAGCGGGAGUGUCUCUUGCUCAGAUGCAAGGAAUGCCCCCGGUCCCAGCCGGUGCUGAAUCGGACGCCAUAUUCGAGGCGGUCCGCACGUUUGUGAGGAUCCACCAGCAGCUUCUCAACGUCCUCAUCGGCAAGGCCGGUCUCUUCUCGACUAUCCCGAUCGUCGGCCAGCCCGUUGCUGCCGUCCUGCGAGCUGUGGAGGGCAUCGUUGACGCUGUUGCGUUCGCCCUCAUCGACGGUGUCCAGUCCCGGGCUAAUGACUUGAAGACGGAGUUGGGCGGCCUCACUGUCACCAUUAAAACCGCCACCAAGCAGUACGAAGGCAUCCAGCUUUAGUGGGCUACAAACAUAAGAAGGCUUCCGGGUUUUUGGCAAGGAAAUCUGUGAGGAUGCAGCGGAAGAACUUCACUUCGCUCUUGGAGGCUGCCGUAACCAAAAGGAGGCUGGGGAUCAAGCCUCAUCAUGCCCGCCUUCGCCCAGCACCGUGGCAGUCUUGUUGAAUGACUUUCUGUUGGUGUGUUAUGCCGUGCUCUUUGGACGAGUAGCUUUUAAUGGUUUUUGUCUCGAAAUUAUUCUUAAUAAAAUACGGAAAUGUCUG